UGCUAGGAUCACAUCUCUGGAUGAUAGAUGUAGCACUUAGUGACCCGGUCAUUGGGACUGUCAUACAUACCAUAGAACUACCAUUAUCAGUUGAUAAUAUACUAGCAGUGUUUCUUCUUUUCAUCAAGUCGUGUGAAACGGGAUAUGAUGGAAGGCAGGCACACGCGAAAUUGCUACUAACCAGUUAUACAACAAGUAUAUGCUUUAAUGAUGAAGAACUUGAAAUCUGCGCUAGCUCUUCGCUUUAUUAUCUAACCCAAAUGUUGAAACAGCAAAUUAGUGAUGAUUAUCUUCAACUCCUCAACAAUUUAAUUACCAAGCAUCCAGAUCUAUUCUCUUUAGAAAAAUUUACAGAAGUUGAU